CCAGUGCGAUCUUUCUUCUUGGAUCUCUCUGGUUUCAAGAACUCUCUCUCUUCCAGUUUUUUCGGGUUGCGUUGCUUCUCUCUCUAUCGGAGCUCUCCGGCAAGAAGCGAAUCCGGUGAUGGUGGUGGCUCAAGGAAUGUCGUCUACGGGUGUUGUCUCGCGGUUUUCUCUCGCUCCGUCGCUGGCGUCGUCUUCGUCUUCGUCUUCUUCAUCCUCUGUUCGAUUCACCACCGGUCUCAGAACCUCCAGCGCUUCUUUCUUCCUGAAGAAGCAUAAUCUCUCUCGGAAGAUCUUUGCUGGGAAACCGUCUAAGGAUUUUGAUUCUCCUUCAUUAGCUGUUACUGCAUCUGAUAAAGUUCUAGUACCAGGCAACCCAAACGACGGUUCUGUGUUGGUGACAGGUCAACUUGAAGCUCCGACCAGUUCUUCAGACGAUACUCAGCUUAAUAUUCUGGACCCGAAUGCUCAAAUGACGGAAGACAAUGAGCCGGUCAGAGAGUCUGUUUAUGCUUUGAGUACAGAGGACAACAACGAAGCUCACACUGAGGCGGUCAGAGUUCCCCUCGGCGAGACAGUUAUUAUCAAGGAGAGGGAGAUGAAACCAAAAGUGAUUCCACCGCCUGGUGAUGGGCUGAGAAUAUAUGAGAUAGACCCCAUGCUGAGGAGUCACAGAGAACAUCUUGAUUACCGUUAUGGACAGUACCGAAGAUUGCGUGAGGAAAUAGACAAGUAUGAGGGUGGUCUGGAGAUGUUCUCCCGGGGCUAUGAAAAGCUAGGAUUUCAGCGCAGUGAUACUGGCAUAACAUACCGAGAGUGGGCGCCAGGAGCUAAGUCUGCAUCACUUAUUGGAGACUUUAACAACUGGAAUCCUAAUGCAGAUGUCAUGGCUCGGAAUGAAUUUGGUGUCUGGGAGAUUUUUUUGCCUAACAACACUGAUGGUUCACCUGCAAUUCCUCAUGGCUCACGUAUAAAGAUUCGCCUGGAUACUCCAUCUGGUAUCAAAGACUCAAUCCCUGCUUGGAUCAAGUUUUCAGUGCAACCUCCUGGUGAAAUCCCAUACAAUGGCAUAUACUAUGAUCCACCAGAAGAGGAAAAGUAUGUGUUCAAACAUCCUCAACCAAGGAGACCUAAAUCACUGAGAAUUUACGAAUCACAUGUUGGCAUGAGUAGCACGGAACCAAUUAUAAAUACAUAUGCUAAUUUUAGAGAUGAUGUACUUCCUCGGAUCAAAAGGCUUGGCUACAAUGCCGUCCAAAUUAUGGCUAUACAAGAACACUCAUAUUAUGCCAGCUUUGGGUACCAUGUCACAAACUUUUUCGCUCCUAGCAGCCGUUCUGGGACCCCUGAGGAUCUUAAAUCGCUGAUAGAUAGAGCUCAUGAGUUAGGCCUGCUUGUUCUGAUGGAUAUUGUUCACAGCCAUGCGUCGAAAAAUACAUUGGAUGGACUGAACAUGUUUGAUGGAACUGAUGCUCAUUACUUCCACUCCGGAGCUCGGGGCAACCAUUGGAUGUGGGAUUCUCGUCUUUUCAAUUAUGGGAGCUGGGAGGUAUUGCGGUAUCUCCUUUCAAAUGCACGGUGGUGGCUAGAAGAAUACAAGUUUGACGGAUUUAGAUUUGAUGGAGUCACCUCAAUGAUGUAUACUCAUCAUGGACUUGGGGUAGGAUUUACUGGCAAUUACAAUGAAUAUUUUGGAUUUGCGACUGAUGUGGAUGCCGUGGUUUAUCUGAUGCUGGUAAAUGAUAUGAUCCAUGGGCUCUACCCUGAAGCGGUUACCAUCGGUGAAGAUGUAAGUGGUAUGCCAACAUUCUGCAUCCCUGUCCAAGAUGGUGGCGUCGGAUUUGAUUACCGUCUACACAUGGCAAUAGCUGAUAAGUGGAUAGAAAUUCUGAAGAAAAGGGAUGAAGACUGGAAAAUGGGCGAUAUUAUUCACACGCUCACCAACAGAAGGUGGUCGGAAAAGUGUGUUUCUUAUGCUGAGAGUCACGACCAAGCCCUUGUUGGUGACAAAACAAUUGCAUUCUGGUUAAUGGACAAGGAUAUGUAUGAUUUUAUGGCACUAGACGGACCAACAACGCCACUUAUAGACAGAGGAAUAGCAUUGCACAAAAUGAUUAGGCUUAUAACCAUGGGAUUAGGCGGUGAAGGAUAUUUGAAUUUUAUGGGUAACGAAUUCGGGCAUCCAGAGUGGAUCGACUUCCCAAGAGGUGAUCAGCGUCUUCCUGAUGGCUCCGUGAUUCCAGGGAAUAAUUUCAGUUACGAUAAAUGCCGCCGUAGAUUUGAUCUUGGGGAUGCCAACUAUCUCAGAUUCCAUGGAAUGCAAGAAUUUGAUCAAGCUAUGCACCAUCUGGAAGAGAAAUACAGUUUCAUGACUUCAGAGCAUCAGUAUAUAUCGCGUAAAGAUGAAGGGGAACGGAUGAUUGUUUUCGAGAGGGGCAAUCUUAUAUUCGUCUUCAACUUCCACUGGAGUAACAGCUAUUUCGAUUAUCGUAUCGGCUGCACAAAGCCCGGGAAGUACAAGAUCGCGUUGGACUCUGACGAUCCUCUCUUCGGAGGCUUCAAUAGGCUUGAUCAUUCGGCCGAGUACUUCACCUCUGACGGCCGGCACGACGAACGCCCAUGCUCGUUCACGAUAUACGCUCCAUCCAGAACCGCCGUGGUUUACGCCCUAGACGACGAGGAGUAGCGAUGAGGAUGGAGUUCAGUAAGUGUCGUCGGUUUUCAAAUGCAUUGACACAUUCAGAUGAAUAACGGGUAUAAGUUUUGUCGUCACCUAAUGUAACUAUUUAUUAUAACCCAAUAAUAAGCGAAUCCAAUAAAUAAUUUUAAGAGA